GUGAGAGAGUUCCAGAGUAGGCGUGGUAGGUGCCCUCCCCACUUCCUUGUGUACAAAAAUUAGAGUCACACAUAUCACAACCACCACCACCACCACCACCACCUUCACAUUGAAAGUGUGUUUAUAGAGUAGAACUAGGACUGUGGGCCCCAAAAAAAUGGGUAGUGUCGAAUUGCAGCGGCGGUUGGUGGAGCUUGUGACGGAGGCGGCGAAGGGGAAGGAGGAGAGUGUGGUGAUUUGGGCCAUGGAAUUGGGCCAAUGUGUGGAGGCAGCGCCCAGCAUUGAGUUGGGGGAGGUUGUGGUGACCCAACUCUGUUUUCGGCACAGCAAACCUUGUCUCUGGAAAUUUCUCGACUUUUGUCUCUCGUCUGGUCUCCUCUCUCCUCUUCAUGUCCUCUCUCUCCUCUCUGCCAGGGUGAUUCCUCAACGGCGGUCUCAACCAGAAGCUUAUAGGCUGUUUCUUGAGCUUUUGCGGCGGUAUGCAUUUUCAUUUGAUCCAAUUGCUCCAGAUGGGCACAAAGAAAAGAUAGCAGAAUCGGUCGAUCUUGCUCUUCAGCUUUCUGAGACAUACAAGGUUCGUGUUGUGGAGUUUGGACAUGCACUGGUCUUGUUCUUUUUCAGUAUCAUCAUCAGCUUAAUUGAUAGCACAUUGGAUGAUUGGGGGUUGAAGACAUCUCGAAAGAGACCAAGAUUAGCUUUUGGAGGUUCAAGUGACCAUGAUGGUGGGAUAGAUUCUAUAGGAAAUGAGAAGUUUAUAAGUAACGAACAUCAGGAAAGGAUUAGGACAAUGAAUUCUUUUUUGGCCAUAGAGGUGCUGGGAAAGCUGACAGAAAGCAGAAAAGCUUUGGUUCUGCUUCGCCUUGUUCACUUGAAUAUGCCUGAAAAAUUCAAUGGCCUCCUGCAGAGGCUACGGUUUCUUGAAGCUCGUCAAUUUGCAUCCUCAGAUUUGAAUUCUGCAGUGCAACUAUUGGCAAGAUUGUCAGUGCAACUACAGAGAGUCUUGGGCUUUGAAUACCAGUUGAAUAAGCGCCAGCUCAUUGGAGUGCUUCUUGAUAUUGGAUCUCAGAAGCCACCAUUUCACUUUAACUCUGGAUUUGGUCCUUCUACUUGUUGGGUUCCUUUAGAUAUAUACAUGGAGAAUACAAUGGAUGGAAAACAGCUUUCUAUUAAAUCAGCUAUUAAUAUACAUGCAGAAGGAAUUAUGAAGCUCCAAGUAAUUAACCAGGCUAGCUGGCAAGAAACCUUCCUAGCACUCUGGCUCUCAGCCCUUCGGCUAGUGCAACGAGAACGUGAUCCUCUUGAAGGCCCUGUACCACAUCUCGAGUCACGUCUUUGUGUCCUUUUGUCUAUUGUCCCCUUGGCAAUUGCUAAGGUUUUGGAGGAUGAGGCCAACUUGAAUUCCUCAUCUCUUAAAGAUACAGCUUCCGGGAAUGCGGAGAACGGAGAUGGACAUGAAAUGAAUAGCAAAGCAAAUACUUCAAGGAAACAUGGACUGAUUUCUUCUCUCAAAGUCCUUGGGAACUUCUCUGGCCUCCUAUGCCCUCCUUCAUCAGUCUCUGAUUCAGCAAAUAGUGCAGCAACAAAAGCAGCUCGCUUUAUACAUAAUUCUAACAAUGAAAAGGAUGCAUCAGGUGGAGGCAGCUGUGGUGAUACUUGUAUAAAAGCAGGUGGUGACAUGAGGCACCUGAUUGUGGAAGCUUGCAUUGCAAGAAAUUUAAUCGACAUAUCAGCAUAUUUUUGGCCUGGAUAUGUGUCUGCAUCCAUGAUCUCACCAUUGAAUACAUCAUCGGUUCAAAAGUCACCAUGGUCAACAUUCAUGGAAGGAGCACCAUUGAGGGAUUCCCUUAUAAACUCUCUUAUCAUGACCCCAGCUUCAAGUUUAGAAGAGAUAGAGAAGUUAUAUCAUAUUGCACUAAAUGGGUCACAAGAGGAGAAGUCGGCAGCUGCAAAGAUCCUGUGUGGUGCAUCCCUCAGAAGUGGAUGGAACAUUCAGGAACAUGUGGUGCAGUUUGUGGUUAAGCUUCUUUGUCCUCCUGUACCUCCCAACCAUACUGGACCAAGUCACUUAAUUGAUCAUAUGUCAAUGCUGAGUGCUAUCCUUUUUGAAGCUUCCACUGUUGAUACAGUUCAUAUACUUUCAUUGCAUGGUAUGGUCCCCGAAGUGGCAGCUUCUUUAAUUCCAAUAUGUGAGGACCUUGGAUCCCUAAAGCCUACAUCAAAUAACAAGUCAAGCAUGGGUGAUGAGUCCUCCGUUUACAUGGUUUUUUCACUAGCAUUUCUUUUUCUUCUUCGUCUAUGGAAAUUCUAUAGACCACCUCUUGAGCAAUUCAUUGCAGAGAGAGGAGGAGCAGUAGUAGGUGAGCUGACUUUGGAGUAUCUUUUGAUAUUGCACAAUAACCAUGUUGCCUCUGCCUGGAAUGAAACAAACAGUAGUGCGCAUCAAAAUGAAUCAGCAUCUGAAAAACCGAUGUACAUUGAUUCAUAUCCAAAACUACAAGCCUGGUAUAGUCAAAACAAAUCUUGUGUAGCUUCAACACUUUCUGCUCUCUCCAGUGGAAAUCCUGUUCAUGAAGUUGCUAAUAAAAUUUUGAGUAUGAUUUACUGGAAAAUGACUAGAAGUAGAACCCCAUCAAGUAAUUCUCCUGCACCAUCAAGUGGCUCCCCUGUAGAUGUUGGGGAGGAUGUGAAUCAGAGACUGAUGCUUCCUGCUUGGGACGUGUUGGAAGCCAUUCCUUUUGUUCUCGAGGCUAUUUUAACUGCUUGUUCCCAUGGCAGGCUUUCAUCUCGGGACUUAACCACUGGCUUGAGAGACCUAGUUGAAUUUCUACCUGCUUCUCUUGCUACUAUUAUCAGUUACUUCUCUGCAGAAGUCACUCGUGGUAUAUGGAAACCAGUUCCUAUGAAUGGAACAGAUUGGCCUAGUCCAGCAGCGAUUCUUAAAUCAGUCGAGUCUGAAAUAAAAGAAAUACUUGAAGCUGUUGGUGUCAGUGUUCCAAGCUGUUUCACUGAUAUUUCAACAGUAAUACUACCGCUUCCGCUAGCUGCUCUUGUGAGUUUGACCAUUACUUUUAAACUUGAGAAAAGUGUUGAAUACAUUCAUGCUGUUGCUGGGCUAGCCUUGGAGAACUGUGCAUCGGGUUGCCCCUGGCCUAGCAUGCCAAUUGUAGGCUGUUUGUGGGCUCAAAAGGUUCGCCGCUGGCAUCAUUUCAUUGUGGUAUCAUGUUCUCGCUCUGUAUUUACACAAAACAAAGAUGCUGUUGCCCAGCUCCUAAGAAGUUGCUUCUCCUCCUUUUUUGGAUCCCACCACACUUCAACCUCUUUGUUGUCCAGCCAAAGCAGCGUGAGUGGUCUUUUGGGUUAUACUAUAGCAGGCUGUAGUGCCCAUCCUUCUGUAGCACCCGGAUUUCUAUACCUUCGCUCCUGCAGGACAAUACCGGUUGUCCAAUAUGUCAAUAAUGUGAUUGUAGAGCUUGUAUCAGAGUAUGCUUGCAAAUUAGCCUCUAAAUGGGCAAGCACUGACUCCACUCGCUUGAAUUCUACCCAAGCAUCAUUGUCUCUGGCUGUUUCUAAGGCAAAGGAGGCGGCAACACUUGGUGCAUGUCUCUUAUGUGUUGCAGGGGGUGUCCGACUGGUCCAAGAAUUGUACCGUGAAACCAUUCCAACCUGGUUACUCUCAUCAAAGGAAGAGAAGCUUGGGAAGGCAAGUUCCGUAUCGCGUGUAAUGGAGGGCUAUGCAAUGGCAUAUCUGGUGAUUCUGGCAGGUUCAAUUGAAUGGGGCUUUGGAGACAAGCUGCCAGCAUGUGCACUCUCUAGAAGAGCCAGCAUUGUUGGGAUUCAUAUGGACUUUCUGGCAGGCGUUUUAGAGGGAAACAUAUCACUUGGUUGUGAUCCUGCUACAUGGAAAUCUUAUGUUUCUUGUCUGGUGGGAUUAAUGGUAAACUUUGCUCCGACGUGGAUUAAAGAUGUGAAGGUGGAGACACUGAGGAAAUUGGCCGGUGGAUUGAGGGGGUGGCACGAAUGUGAGUUGGCCCUUUCUCUUCUUGAAAGAGGUGGGGCUUCUGCCAUAGGGUCUGCUGCAGAACUAGUGAAUGUAUUGAGCUGAGUUUUGAGUUCAAACUUAUAACCCCAAAAUGUAGAUUUUGGUGGUUUUAAUAUAAAGAGGGAUAGGGUUAAGUUGUGUCGUUAUUUGUGGAUGGUUUGUCUACCUACUAUCUUGAUGUUACAAGCAGUAUAGCUUGGACACACAGGAAUGGUAGAACCGUUGUACAAAGGAAUUUGGAUUCCAGUAAGCUGACUCUGAUGUAGCUUAGAGUUCUAUUUACAAUCUUAUUUUCCUUUUGUUUGCUUCA